AUGAAGGACACAAAUGAAAAUAUGAAUAUGAAAGCUAGGGCGUUCCCUCCAAGCAACGCGCAGUUUCAAAGACGAGGAGAAGAUGACUUUAGAGCUAUCCUUGAUAACGCUGUAGUGGAAAUUCCUAAGGAUGACCUAGUCAUAAUAGGUGGUGACUUAAAUGCGCAUGUGGGAAAAGCAAGAGAUAGCUACAAAAGGCAUAAUGGUGGUUUUGGAUACGGAGAAAGAAAUGAUGAAGGAGAGCAUGUACUGAAAUUUGCGCAUGCCUUCGACAUUGCCUUAACCAACACCUACUACAGGAAAAAAGAGUGCAAAAACUCAGAUGACAAGACAAAUUACAAAAAAUCCAAAAGAAUAGCUACAAAGGCGGUGGCUAGGGCCAAAGCUAUGGCAUACGAUGACAUGUAUGAAGAACUACAUACCAAAGAAGGGCAAAAUAAAAUAUACAGAUUAGCCAAACAGUGA